AAUAAUACCACUAAAUAAAUAAUAAUUAUAAAAGCGCGUAAAAAUCUACAACUUGCACAAUAACACUACAACAACAAAAUAUAAACAGCAAAUUCAAAACCAAAGAAUUUCAAACAAAAUCUCCAGUAGAAAAGUAGAUUGUUUACUAACAAUUUUAAGUAAAAAAAACAACAGCAACAAAGCAUAAUUGUGUUGUUGUAUCAACAUUGUAGUUUCGUAGACACAUACAUACAUGCAUACUUUAGCCAUGAUGUAUCAAGUAGAGAAAUUUGCUUAAAUAUGUUUGCAACAUUUUCCGGCCCCGUGGCAGUGUGUCAACAACAAAUGCAACAACUAAAACCACAACAACAAACGCAAACCUUUGUUAACAUGUUGUACGCAGCGUUGUGCAUUGUUAUCCACGCAUCGGAGGUUGCACCGAAAAAUGUUUAAAUUCCAUGCGAUAAAUUGUGUUCAUUACAACAACCACAAAAACAACAAUUAUCGACUAUUUCAGCACAUCAUUGAGGUAACAACGACGACGACGACGACGACCGGAACAGGGAGGCAACGUGUAACUAUCAACAACAACAACUAGUAUAGUUAGCAACAGCGGCAGCAACACCAUUAACAACAACAACAACAGCAGCAGCGCGAGACAACGGUGAUUAUUGCUCCAAUGCAAAUUGCAGUUGUCGCCUGGUGGUCGCCAGCAAUUGUCGCAUUCGCAGCUGUUGUUAUCAUCGCCGCCGUUGCCGUUGCCGUCGCAGCAGCAGUCACGCUACAUAGUAAAGCGUAAAGUUCCCUCAGCGAUUGACAACGUCUUACGCCAAAAGUAUUGUGCUAAUUUCUACGUAAUCGUAACUCAGUCACCAGCAAUACUAGUUAACUAACUGUUGCAUUGCACUAUUGCAUCCUUUGUGGCACCAACAACACCACCGACGAUUGAACCUUUCAUCACUGAUCGCUUGUGUGUUUCGUGGCUAAUUCGUGCAAUUCUACUUGAAUCCUUAAGUGAGAAGCUAUAGGUAUGAAAUAUCCUCAACUUGUGUCGACGCGUGCGGUGAACGCCAUAUCUGAUUGGCUAGUAGCCCGUUUGGAGCAGUUAGGCGUUGAGGCUCCACAUAUUUAUACAAGACUACUUCUGUCACUUUUACAAUCGACUGUACAACUAAAUGAUCCAAUUGAAUUCAGCAAUUUAGAAUCAUUUCUUGCGAGCCGUAAAGGAAGCGGUAGGCGCUACCGAGAGUGCGAUAUUGACGAACUUAAGAAAUAUAAUGCUGUGCAGUGCAUAAAGAACAUCGUUUCGUCAGACCAGGAGAUCGCAUCUAUUGAGAACCUCGUUGAGGAGCUCUUUGAAAGACUUAAAGACAUUGAGAAGCAAUCCAGCGAUAGUGAAGACGAUGAUAGGGGUCCAGUAGCAACGCUUUCUAUCACCCACCGUUACAAUAGAUCGCAGCAAAGAAGAGAAGUGCCAACCAAUAGUAAAAGUUGCAGAGCGAGUUGCGCCGCCGAGAGUAGUAGGUACGCAGAAGCAGCUGGAACAUCAGCUAGUGCCAAAAGAUUGCAAGAACGUGAACGAGAAUAUUGGCGCGCUUUUCCCGCGCUCUCGAAACAAAUGGGUGAUAUAGCUCCACGCUGGCGCCACCCUUCCAAGUGGAUGUUAUGGCCUUCGGACAAACCCAAAGACGACGUUAAGAAAAACGCUUCUACAAGUAGCGCCAGCUCGACAAUGUCUAGUAAUUCCGAUGCGGAAGAUGGCAACCAAGCAGCCGCAAGACAGGCUAAGGAGCAGAGAAAUAUUAAAGAGGAAGAAGAAGAUGCAAUGAUGGAAGAUACCGUGGAGAAUACGGAAGGUGCAGCUAAUGUGUCUGGAGUAGAGUUGUGCGACGACAUAGUGGAUGAGAAUGAUGAAAUCGAUGAUGACGAAGCUAGUUGCAGCGCUAACGCAGCUGGUUAUGGCAGCGGUGCUAUAAAACGAAAUUCCAAACGACGCCGCAGUCGUGGUAAGUCUUUAUCACGCAAGAACCCAGCUGGCGGUAACAACUCUGACUCCAAUAAUGUUGGCAAUAAUCGGUCACAAGCAAGUGGAGGUAAAAACAAGCGUAAUCUAUCGCCCAGCUGUUGGGAUACCGAUUUCGAGGGAUGUUGGGAGAUGGGUCGCGAUUUAAUCAAAGAAUUCAUAGCGAGCCAAAAUCGUAAUGCACGCAAUCGCAGCACUUCAGAGAGCGCUGUUUCGUACAAUAAGCAGAGUGCAACCGAAGUAGCACCCGCUAACGAAGGUGAUAAUUGUAAAACAGCUACAAACGCCGAGCAACAGCAAACAACUGAAGAGCUUUUGGUUGAAAACAAAGAUACUGCUGAGGAUGAAAAAAUAAACGCCAACAAAGCCGUUACACCCCCAUUACCACCAGUUGAUAUGUCGUUCUGCGAUUAUGAUGAUUUCGACGAUACACUCGCCUCUGUGUCCGAGCUGACUAAUGAUGGGCCCUUAUCAAUGCUAGCAACUAGUGAGGGUGCUUGUGCCGUGCCACCAUCUACCAACGCUAAGCGUCUUUAUGAGCGCGAAUUGUUACCAAAAGAUACGAAAUCCGAUGUACAAUCGGAUUUUGCACAAUUCGAAGCAAAAUUCAAUAGUAGUGUCGAAGCUUUAUGGAAAGAUGCUGACCGCAGUGAGCAGAAGGGAUUCAGUCCAUUUGGUGAUGGCAAUAAAUUAAAUAUUUUUAACUUUGGUAGUGGCAACAGCAAACACUUUUCCGGACCCACCUCGUUACCGACCGAUGCGCCAUUUUCAAGAAAUUUAAAAAACUUUUGGUCUAAUUAUUACAAUCAUCAUUUUGACCUAAGUAAAAUGCUGCCGACAAGCGUAAUUGGCGAAAAGGCCAAAGAACUAGAUGUAUUGAUGCAAAAUAAAGCAAACGAUAAGGGUGAAGCUGCUUUCAAGUCAAAUGGUGGUGGUUUUAGUGAGGCUAACAAUUUCUCCAAUACCCAACAAGGAGAUGCCAACACAGCUGGUGGUCCGACAAGUGACUACUACUCAAUGCCGAGCAAUUUGGAGGAUAUUGAGAAAGCCAAAUCGCAACGUUCUGGCUUACGUCACAAUAGCGGCUGCAGUGACAGUGGCAAUAGCUUGAGUGCGCACAGAGCUGGUGGCACAAUUGGAGAAGAGCGCAAAACACCGGUGGCUCUCUUUCUACAAAACUCGAUUUGGUCAGAGAACGCUAAUUUCGGCGGCGGUGAUUCAGAUGAAACUUUCUACUUCAAAGUCCAUAAUUCUGGCAAUCAGCUGAACGCAUAUGAUGACAACAAUCGCGAAGAAACAUUGCAAUGCGAUGCCAUAACCAGUGGCGUAAAUAUAAACAAUGGCAGUGGCUUUGCCUUCACCGCGCCCUACUCGGCUUCUAAGUGGUCGGAAGGUAUUAAUGCUGGACCGCCACAAGGUAAUGUGCCAACACCGCUGAUACAGCAUAAACAACAGUGCGGAAAUCAAAAUAACAGUUAUCAUCUUGCGUUGAACUCAACCGAUUGCACAGAUUCAUCUUCGUCGAGCGCAUGUACACCAGGUGCCUCAAAUUGGCAUCAUCUACCCAAAAGUGAUGCUAAAAAUGAUUGGUCCGCCGAGCAAAUGCGCGACAAAAACGCGACACAUGACACUGGCAGCACGGCAGCACCGAAAAUUACGCUCGCCAAUCACUCGACAACAGGCAGUGGCUUCGUUGCAUAUUCACGCAUUAAAGCCGUCUUAAAGUUGCAAUUGUCAAGCGAUGGCAAUGCUAUGAACGACGCGGCAGCUAAGCAGCAGCAGCGAAAUUACCCACCACGUACGAAUAGCAAGGAACAACAACAACGUUAUGCACUCGAUAUGAUGGAUGAUGGCGAAAAUCUACUGACUUCCGAACGCACACAUUUCCAUCCCAUUAAAUCGUAUAUGGAUGGGCACACAUUCGAUAUUUGCAGUGAAUUGGAUGUUAUCGAGUACGAUCGAUCGGCCAGCGGUUAUCUGUACUACGAAGAAGAGAAAUAUCUCGAGUACACGCGUACCGAUAAUUUUAUGGUGGAAGAUGAUGGUGGCAUUGGUGCCUCAGCCAAUCCUUUGUAUGCCAAUUCGAAUUGUGAGGCAGCCACAGCUAGCGCCAAGGCCAACUCCGGUUGCCACAGCCAGAAAUUAAAGCGAAUCGAACGUGAUUUCGUCAUAAAAUUCCGUGUUCAACGCACUGAAAUCGCUUGCCAAACGGAUCCAGAGCCGCCAACUGCGCGUGCGUUAGUGAGCGCCAACAAACGCAAUGUUGUAAUGAAUGCAUCGGCAACAAAAACAGCACAACCGCAUCCAAUAAGUUUAAUAUUCUCAAAUGCGGCGAAAAAUUUGAAAGCAAACGCCGCAAACGAACUUGUCUACAGCGACACCGUGGAGGCGUUUACCCGCGCUAUGGCACACUUCCCGCCGCCGCAGGCGUCGUCUAGCAACCAAUCGGCUUGGUGGUCAAUGGGAGCUGAUGUCGGUGAUUGUCGGGCGGCUAGCAGCAACUGGAAUGUCUACCAAGCACAGCCGAAGCUGCAGCCAAAUGCUAAAAACAAUAAUAAUGAUAAAGAUGACGCUUGUGAUGACGCUGGCUGUGAUGUGGUACAUUUCCAUGGCAGCAUUGAUGAGUUACCCGAUGGUAUGGCCGCUCUCCAUGCAGAUGUAGAUAUGACAAGCUUAGAGCAAAAGUGGUCAAUGAAUGAGAUACGCAAGAAGUGCAAAGAAGCCGGUCACAUGGCUGCUGCUGAUGCUGUUGACGGCGGCGCCAUCGAGUCUGUUUGGGGCAUGUGUGCCGCCUGUAAUAAUGAAUUGAAAUCCAUACCGGCCAAUAGGCUAUUGCGCGACGAAUUGCAAGUGGAGGCUGACCAGAUAAUGAGCGAUUUGAAAUACAUGCAAGAUUUAUACAUAGGAAGAGAAGGCGGUGCAGCUAAUGCCGAUGAUGAUGAUGAUAAUAAUGCUGAGAAUAGAGACGACGAUCACCAAUGUGGUGGUGAGAGCGCCGCAGAGACUGUGACUAGCGACAGCGAUUGGUGCGCCGAAGAUAUAACUGCUGAUGUGGCGGAUGAGUGUGUAGUUAAUACAAGUUCGCAGAAUGCCAAUAAUAAUAAUGAACUAAAUGAAGAUCAUACAAUGCAGCAGGCAGACUCUCCGAAUCAAACUACUAACACUGUGGAGGGUGCUGCCAACAAUUCCAAUGAUUCCGAGACGUUUACCGUAAUACAAAAAGUAAAUCGUCUCAUCGCCGAAUUAUUGCGACCCGACAACAAUGCUGAUGGCGUCAAACAAAUGGACAAACAGAAUGCCAACGCUGCAUGUGCGAAAGUUAAUGAGUCACGUCAGGUGGAAGCUGAAGCAACACAAUUUAGCGGUAAUUUGUGGCAUACAAAUAGCAAUGAGCGAAAUAUUUGGCAACUGAAUGCUGGCGACAACACAAAUAGCUUAAUUGUGGCUGGCGGUGGUGGUGUUCUAGGCAGAGGCGAUAGUGUUAGUGGUGGUGGUGGUGUCGGUGGUGCUAUGCAUCCAAUACAACUUUUGCGACAAUUCAAUGUGAAGCCAUUGGAGACUGCUGUAGCCAAUGUGGAUAACGUAUUCCCUUCAGCCGCUGCGGCUGAUGCAGAUAAAUACCACAGGCAAAUGAGUUGGGAGCAUGAGAAUUUAGCUAGAAUUUGGCAGACAUCACCACCGUCACCACCACAAACACAAAACGCCACUAUGACAAUAAAUGAUGCCAAACCACAAGCCACAACCGAACAAAAAAUCGAAGACCCCUAUGAGCAGCAAGCGGAUAUCGCUGAGAAAAAUAUGCGCAAUUUACGCGCCAACGCAGAUGUGAGCGUGGAAGCGGCCGAUGCCAAUUUACAAUUGGCGCAAGAUUUUAAAAAGCACAAGGAAAGCAAAGUGGCUGCAGCUCUAGCUAACGCCCAGCUAGUCGACUCGGCUUUAAAAUUUAAGGCAAUCACUCGCAAACGUCGUCAUUCGGCUUCACAAAAUUAUUUUCACGCGCAUUUAAAUAGCAGCGCUACGGCAGCUGUUGCUGCUGUCAACAGUCUGGUUGGCGGUGGCGUCACAUCAUUGCAAAACAACAAUAACAAUGAGAUUGCCAAUUUAAAUAGUUAUACCUUGAAGUCGUUGCGUAACUCGCGCAAUGCCAAUGAGUUGAGUUUACAGAAUUUUCUGAAUGCUUCGCUGCGUUUCGGUGCCGCUGCAGCCGUUGCCGUUGCCGCUUCUAAUGCCAAGAAAUGUUCCGAUUUGGCCAAUAAUCUUUGUGGCGCAGAUUUUGCCUUCGGUUGCGAUUCAACUGCAACUGCGGCCGGUCGAAAUCAAACGAUCAUCACCUGCAAAUAUCAUUUGACUGCAAUUGAGCCGUUGGGUGUGCAGCAGCAAAAUCAUGACGGCGACAAUAAUGAAUAUGGCUUAUUUACUGGCAAUGGCAUCGACGGCGAAGGCAAUACAGCGGCACCGCUCUCUAGCAUCCUCGACAAGAAUCCAUCUAUAUUGAAGCAUGUCACCAUGGUGUCACGUCCGUUGACGCGUUAAAAUGCUUCGCUCAAUUUAUAAAAAAUUUCAAGUUUUUCUACAGGUGCUGCGGCUCAGGAUUUUGUCGGAUGGAUUGGAGACGUUAACAUUAGAAAAAAAAUAUUCAAUUGAAACAAUAGAACUUUGGCAACAACAGUAUCAACGACAACAAAAUAGCAUUCACCACAUGGAAUCAGAAAAAGGAAAAUGAAACAUAAUUUACUAAAAAUAAUAAACAAAAAACAGCAAAUCAAAUGGUGCAUAACGGUUGCAAAAUGCGCCAAGAGUAUCUUAAAAAAAUAGUAGCAACAACACAAAAUAUAAAUACGAGAGAUAAUUCAUGUUAAUUUUCGUAAAUUUAGUUAGAUCAGCUUAUCGUUUAUGUGUAAAAUUUUAUUUAAUACCUUACUUACAUAUAUACUUUCUUCUUUUUUUGUUUGUUAAAUGUUGUAAAUUAUUCAUAUGCAUACAUACGUACUCUCAAACAUAUAAGGAACCGCGAUUUAUAUAAACAAUUAAUUACUUAAACACACAUAGAUACGAGAACACAUUGCAAAAUAUUCAAAUAUUUAUGUAUAUUAUCUAUGUUUAACGAUGAUUACUCAAGCAUUACAGCUGCAUAUAUCUUU